AAGGGUUCUCGAUUUUUCCAUCGAGUAAGUGCUAGAAUUUUGAGUCGGCGACCAAAAUGGGCCCUCUUGAAGAAUUUGAGGGGUAUUAAUAAGGUGUACCAGACCUUUUUUGAUAGGCUUUUGCUGUGACUAUAUCCGGUUAUCUAUAAAAAGAUAGCAGCCAACGCCCUCAAACAAACUGAGAAUUUAAAAAUUUCAUAUUUGUAAGAAGUAGUAUGGCAAUUUAGAUCUCUCACGGCCACGUUCCGUCAAUAUGGAACUGAACAAAAUUGCGACAAAACUGGCAAGUUGCAAACGUUGUUCGAACCACAUGAGCGCUGCUAGUGGCGCUACCACACCUAUCACUAUCCUAUCACGAGCCAGUUGUGAGUGUGCAGCUGGGGAAAAGCUCGAACCUGGUGGCAAUAGGGAGGGGGGCUGCAACUGCAAAGUGCAGUGACGUACCGCGUGUCACAUCAAUCAGCCAACUUUCCGUGAUUUUGUAAACAAAAAUGCGCUAAAAUCACACUCUGAGGAUAAAUGAAAAUACAGUUGAUCAUCAUCACAAAUUGAGCCGUCAUAAUGUGGAAGUGUCACAAAUGUGGCAAACCCGUAUAUUUUGCUGAGCGAAAACAAUCACUGGGGUAUGACUGGCAUCCGGAAUGUUUGCGGUGUGAGGAAUGUGGCAAACGAUUAAAUCCUGGGCAACAUGCUGAGCACAAAGGAGUCCCAUAUUGCCAUGUCCCCUGUUAUGGAGCACUGUUUGGACCCCAGUUAUUUGGCCAUGGCACAAGAGUGGAAUCCCACACAAGCUUUGGGAAAAAAGAAUCUCGAUCAACAUUACCCAGGUCGCAUUUGGAAUCCAAAUUGAAGCUGUUUAAUCAAUAUUAUGAGGGCAAAAGCGGUGGCAUCAGAAGUCGUGAGGUAAAUGGAAGAUUGAUAUUAGAAGGAGCUCUCAGAAUUCACUGGGGCGUUCGAGGUGUCAUUCACUUGAAAGAAGAUGAUGAUCAGCGCACUGUUGUUACAGCUCGGAAUCGAAAUUCCUGUCGGCAAAGUGUCUCAGAGGAUGGAGGAGAUGAGGAUCAUACAGAUGCGUCAUUAAAGGAUCUCUCCCCACCUGAGACUGAAACUGAAAGCGAACCAAAUUCAGUUCCUGUGUCUCCGGAUCAUCCCAAAAGUUUGACACUUCCGAUGAAACUUGACGUUAAAAAUAUGGAGUGGGAUGAACUAGAUGAGCUUCUUCAGGUGGAAAGGAAAGUCGAUGAGGGUAAUAAGCUGUAUCAAACAAUGCCAGCAGGUGUACCGUCAAUUAUCUCACAGUCAAGUACAGAUUCAUCACAAGCAAAGAUUGAGGAUCCAAAUGACUCAGAGGCAACUGAAUUGAAUAAUCCGCAAAUCCAAGAUGUGAAAAGUAUAGCAGAUAAUGACAGCAGUAUUACUAGUACGCCAACGCACAGCAUGGAUAGUUCGUCUAGUACGGAUACACCGAACUAUCAAGGAACUCCAAAAAGAAAUGGAACACUGCGACGAGUGGAGUACUUCGAUAGUUUGGAAAAGAAUAUCGGCGUUAGUAACAGGACGCUGAGUAACGAUGAUAGCUGGAUCGAAAAAGGCUUGAAUCGUUCAAUGUCUGGCCCUGAUUGUUUGCAGAGGCAUCGUACUGACAGUGAUACAGAUUCGGUGAAUUCACUUCACUUUAGGGAUGACGAUAACAUGACUAUGUCCACUGACAGUGGUUUGGAACUGGAUGGAGUCGUUUUACGUCGUAAACAAGGAUCAACUGCGAUAAGACGUCGACCUGGCGGCAGGCGUCAAUCGCGAAGUCGAUUGAGGAGACGUUGCUCGAUAAACGGACACUUUUAUAAUCGAGAGACAAGUUUUUUCACGCCGCCACAUGGCUCUCAAAUGUCUGUGUGGGUGACGAGUCUGGUUAGCACUCAGGAGGUGAUAAAUCUCAUGCUUGACAAAUAUAAAGUGGACGCAAAACCGGAUAACUUCGCAUUAUUCGUAGUUCGCGAUAGCGGAGAACAACGGAGGUUAAGAGACGAUGAAUAUCCGCUAGAAACCAGAGUAGUUUUGGGACCACAUGAAACUGUAGCUCGGCUUUUCUUGGUAGACCGUUUCUCUACCCCAGAAAUAAGCUCCGAUGUAGCACAGUUUCUGAAUUUAUCGACAGCUGAAUGUUCUGGCAUCCUCCAGCGUUAUCAUUACGAGGAGGACCGCCAAAUUGCACUCCUCAAAGAAAAAUACAAAGAAAUGAGGCGCAGAAUUAUACAGCGAAUGGACGAGCUGAAAGUUCGCCUAUAAUGAGUCUCAAAUACUCUGAGAAAUGCAAUAAUUGUGUUUAAUUUUUACUAAAUCUCAUGUCGUUUGAUUUCCUUAUAGUUACAUCGAAUAUACCUAGCCCCGCCAGUUGAUGGGACUUUGCAUAUCGUCGAGUUUCAGGUCUUUUAACAUAGGUAGGUAGGCAGUGACCUAUCCAUGUUUUUAUUAAUAUUAUUAUUGUUAUUUUUGUUGUGACCGAGUCAUCAAUUUCGAAAACGUUCCAUGUUAUUAGGUGUUAUGUAUAUCUGAACUAUCGAUCAGUAUUCAGUUUGCACAAAAUAUUUUCUAAUUUGAUUUUUAUAUGUAUAAGCAAAAGAUAUUUUGGAGUUUGAAACCCGGUGUGUAGUCUUACUGGAAAUAUUACACAGAAUCUUUGACAAUUGACUAGUGGUAGAUUUAUCCGUUGUAAAAUCUGUUCAGAUAUUUCCCAUGUAAUUUCAAGUGUAUGAAAGAUAUACACUAACUUUUACAAAGAUUCGUCUGUAUAAAUAUAGUCUGAUUCAUUCUAAAAUUUUAGUGAAUUGCGAUCUGAGUCUCUAUGCGUGCGCAGUGUGUGUAUGUGCGUGCGUGUGUGUAAUUCCGUCACACAAUUUAUUAUGCAAAUCUAAGUAGAAAUAUUUUUCAUAUUCUAUAGCCUAAUUAUGUAUAUUGUAAUAUUGAAUACUAAUAUCUAUCUCACAUUAACGAAUACAUCAAGAAUUUGCCAUGACUUGAUUUUGAAAGAACAAACGACAUUCUUAAAAUUAUAACAACUUUAAAUACGUUUGUCAAUCUACCUACUGACACUGAUUAUGAAACUAGUAUACUUAUGUUAUUGACAAAUGUAUGAUCAAUUUAAAAAUGUAAUAAAAUGAUAUUGUUGCAACUUCA